AUGCGAAUAUUGAACUUCUCGAUUGUACUUGUUUUUACAUAUCUCGCUGCCAUCGUUAGCCUGGCUAACAUUCCAGGAUGUGCACCUCCAUCUUUGAGUUCUGCGACGACUGGAUUUCAGGCUAAAUUUUAUUCAUACGCUUAUGCAAAUCUUGUAGAUAUGGCAACAUUGUCUUAUGCCCUGGGUGGGUAUAAGUCAUCGACAUUACUCGCGACUGUAAGUGGGAUUACAGAUAUUAACUUCAAUGUAUGGGAUGGGGUAUCUUACUACCCUACAGUGGCUUCCUCUACUAUUUAUGGACAAACUAUAACGUUUACCAACUUUACUUUAGAAUUAACUGGGUACUACUAUGCAGCAACAGCUGGUACAUAUACCUUUAGCUUGGUCUCAACUGAUGAUUCGGCUGCCGUAUUUUUGGGUGAUGGACCUGCCUUCGAUUGUUGUAACUCAACUGCAGCCACUCUUACUGCUGAGUUUAUAUUGUUCAAUUCAAAGUUAUAUACCGCUGCCGCCACUACAAUAAGUGCGUCAGUUGUGCUUGCGGCUGGUACUUAUUACCCUAUUAGAAUUGUUUACACUAACGCCGAAGAAAGAGCGACUUUGGAUUUAGAAGUUACUGAUCCAUCUGGUACUGUAGCAACAACAUUUCCAAAUGUUUAUCUUAUCGCUGACACUACCACCCUGUGUACUGCAGCCCCUAUAAGUUCCACUUUUUAUCAGACUCCAACUCUUCUGACUACCUCAUAUGCAAAUAUUCUUACCAAGACGACCACAACUUACACAGAUUCAAGCUUAGGAGCAGUAGUAGUUAAGGAAGUUGAUCCUUACGUCACCACUACAGUCACUUCAGCAGGCACAAAAAAAACUACAACAACAGUUUCUCCAGCACCAACGGCUUCUGUUGAAACUGUCAUUGUUUAUACUUCUGCAACCAAAAUAACUACAGUUACUUCUACAUGGACAGGAUCUGUUAUUUCGACAUCAAUCGGUUCGUAUUCUACUGGAACAUUAACUGUAGUUGUUGAGCUACCUAUUCCAACAGUAACAACUACUCAGAUUUGGACAGGUACUACCACAUCCAUUAGUACUGCUACUGCUACAAUUGGGAAGACAGCAUCAGUAAUAACGUAUUUGCCAAUUCCAAUAACAACGGUGACUAAAACAUGGACAGGACUCACAACGACCUCCACCACCUAUACGGCAGGUACAACUGGAACCAUAACUGUUGAGAUUGAUGUACCUACUCCUCUGACUAUUGUCACCUCAACAUGGACUGGAUCAGCAAUAAGUAGCACAACGUUGGCAUAUACGACAGGGGGAACGAAAACAAUUGUAGUCAACGUACCGAUUCCUACAUCAACAAUUACAAAGACGUGGACAGGAAUCGGUACAACUUCCACAACCUAUACUGUGGCACCUGGUGGAACUGCCACUCUUGAGGUAGAUUUACCGAUUCCAACAGUAACGACUACAAAGACAUGGACAGGAAUCGGUACUACUUCCACCACUUACACUGCGUUACCUGGUGGAACUGCUACUCUUGAGGUAGAUUUA